AUGUCGGUCGUCACGACUGUGCACACCUCGAAUCCACGAGCCAACUGCACUGCUUCGUUCCCUAGACCGGAGCGGAAGAAGAUCAAGUCGUGUAGUUGCUGGAAUGCUAAGGGAGUCAUUCAUUGGGAGUUUCUGCCACAUGGUUCUACUAUCAAUGCUGAAAUGUACUGCAAGCAGCAAGACAGCGCGGCUGCAAAGCUUAGAGGAAUACAGAGACACGUGAUGGGUAAUAAUCAGCCUGGUGGUAUAAAUAAACGUGAUCGUCCCGGAGAUGGUUUCUCAGGAGGUGUAACUACUCCUGGGCGACAUCGUGUUUUCAGUGGAAAUCCUCAGAACAUUUCCAAUCCUGAGGAUGGUUGUCCUGUUCAGGUAAAAAUCGCGAAAAGCGAUGACGAUAUGGAAGGUGGCCUAGCGCCGACCGUACAGUUUAAAGAAACGAAUGAGUAUCCUGUUGUUUUCAAGUGGCAUUGCUCCGCAACGAGUCAGCCACGUUCUGUGUAUAUUUGUGGGUCAUGGGAUGGAUGGCGUCAAAAAAUCCCGCUAGUAAAGUCUGCAAACGAUUUUAGCACAAUUCUCGAACUGACGCCUGGCCAUCACGAGUACAAGUUUAUGGUGGAUAAUAAAUGGGUGGUUGACGAUAAUCAACCGAAAACAAACAACAACUUAGGUGGUGAGAACAAUGUGAUGUCGAUUGAUGAGGAUGAUUUCGAGGUCUUCGAUGCACUAGACAAAGAUUUGGCAUCGUCGAAUGCAGGAGAGGCUUUGCGUGGCGCACCAAACCAUCAGCCGUCUCACGAUACUCCCAAUGAUCGGGAGCUGGAAAAACUGCGCACUUUUUCACAAGACAUCCCUGAUAGAAAUGAAUUUGCCAAGGCACACAAUCCACCUGCACUUCCUCCGCAUCUACUCCAGGUCAUUCUCAACAAGGACACACCAGUACAGUGUGAUCCUAAUGUGCUACCAGAGCCAAAUCAUGUGAUGCUCAAUCACCUUUAUGCUCUCUCGAUCAAGGACGGGGUGAUGGUGCUUUCGGCGACACAUCGGUAUCGCAAAAAGUAUGUGACGACUUUGCUCUACAAACCGAUUUGA